AUGGCUUCAGAAACGGCCUUCAAACCCGCCUUGAUAAUUGUUGAUUUCCAAGAAGACUUUUGCCCUCCAAACGGCUCCCUCGCAGUCCCCCAAGGCCGCGCCAUCGCCCCCGUCAUAAACACCCUCCUCACCCUCCCCUUUGCCCUCAAGAUCGCCACUCGCGACUGGCACCCCCCAAACCACAUCUCCUUCGCCGACAACCACCCGGGCGCCGUCCCCCUGCAAUCAUACCACACAAUCACCCAUCCCACGGAUCCAACCAAAUCCGACACCACGCUCCUCUGGCCUCGACACUGCGUCCAGGGAACCAAAGGCGCGGAACUCGUGCCUGAACUAGACGUCGAUAAGAUCGAUGAGGUGCUGGACAAGGGACUCGACCCAAGGGUCGAGAUGUACUCUGCGUUUUGGGAUCCGAUGCGGGUGAGCGUGAGUUCGUUAGGGGACACGCUGAGGAGGAAUGGCGUGACGCAUGUCUUUGUGGUGGGAUUGGCGGCGGAUUACUGUGUCAAAUCCACGGCGGAGUCGGCUGCUGAGGAGGGAUACCAGACGUUUAUUGUGGAAGAGGGCACGAGGCCUGUGAUGAAGGACACGUGGGAGAAGGAAGGGAAGAAAAAGGUUGAAGCGAAGGGUGUAAAGAUUGUGAGUAUUGAUGGAGAGGAGAUUGCAAGGGUUCGAAGGUUGGCGUGA